GCCAUUUUGAUUGUCGGUAUCACAAAUACCUACUUGAAGAUAAUUUUAUAUUAUUAUUGUUUUUAAAUAAUAAAUAAUAAAUCUAUAAAUAAAAAAAUAUAUCCUAACUGAAUAUACGUUUUAUUAGGAUAAAAAAAAAAAAAAUAUCAAGUUAUUUAUCACGUAGAUAAGGUGUGAUAACUUUCAAGCCAACAAUGACCGAGAUAUCAUCAUUGGAAUUUGUGAAAGCAGCAAAAGAAUGUUUAGAGAGAAACCAGCCAGAAAGUCUCAUUGAAUUAUUUAAAAAUAAUGAAAAUGAAAAGCUAUACAUCAAGACAGCUAAUGAACUUGUUCCAAUUAUUGCUAAUAAUUUAAAUUCAUCAAAUUUAAAUGGCAAUAAAUUAUUAUUUAAAACAUGUGAAGAUAUACUUGAAAUAAUUGCUGAUACAUGUGAUCCAGUUGACAUGGUACUGCUGUUGUGUGAACAGGCUGAAGAUGAUGAUGUUAAAUUUCAGGCACUUCUUAAGCCACUAAUAAUGUCAAUGAGAAAAGGUAAUUUAUCAGAGACUGUUGAUUUUUUUACAAUUUCAACAAGAGCAUACAUUGAAGAUUUACCACAACCACAAAAUCAAAAUCCUGAUGAUGAAAAUACAUCUGCUGUUCCGUCAAAAGAUGAUAAAUUAAUUACUCAACGUUUAUUAUCAAUUCAAGAUUCAAUUGUUGUUCAUUUAAAACCAUUGAUUGAAGACAUGUCAAGUGAUUUUAACAUCAAGCCAAAAAUCAUACUCAGCAUGUUGAAUUUAUUAUUAAAUUUAUUUGGUAAACCAUUUAUAUACUUGAACAUCAAAGAUGAUGAUGAAAAUAAUACAAAUUUUCAUAAUCUAGCUGAGCAAAUAGUAAAACUUGAAUGUGAUCCAUUUAAAUUGCUAAAAAUUAUUGACAAUCGACGUAGAAAAAUUGCUAGUAAUGAUACUUCUGAUGAUGAAGAAGAUCAGAGUAAAGUUCACAUGAUAGAAAAAAGAUUUCUAGAUGUUGAAGUGUCAAAUUUAACAUAUGGAUAUUUUUAUUUGACUCUGUUAACAUCAAGUCAAUUGAAAUCAAUAAUUCCACAAGUUUAUAAUCCUCACUGGGUAAUGAUCAACUGUUGCUACUUGGCAAAUGAACUUCUGGCUAAACCAGAGUAUGCCCUGGUCACCAAGGGUCUCAGGUUGAUUGAUUCAGUCAUCCAAACUGUUGACAAUGAAUCAAUUCAACACGGGGCAUUAAAAGUACCAAUUCAUAUUAAUUUAUUGACAACUUUAUCACAAGUCAUGAUGUACAAUGACUGUUCAAGUGAACGACAGUUGUCUUUAAAAAUAUUCAAAUGUUAUGUUGAUUUAUUUACAAUGCGAGCACGUUAUUUACUUAUUCAACAUCUUUUUGAUAUAAAACGUCAUUCAGGAUUUCGUGCAUUGAUUAUUAAUCUUUUAAAAUCAUUUAUCAUUAAAUCACUUGAAGCAACACCACACUGUCAAUAUUUCAUUGGCAAUAAACUCAUGACAAUUGUUAAAAAAAUUUGUAAAAUUUCGGAUGAUGAUAGCACUGACUUGGUUGAUAUUUCUGAUGAAGUUACUGGUAUUUUAAAUCUACUGAGGUAUUUAUUUAUUCGUGAUAAGGAAAAUAUAACUGGUAUUUGGAUGUUGACUGAUUUUAUACAACAAAAUUAUCUUGAAAAAAUACAAAAACAUAUUGUUGCAUCAAGAAAUCACUGGAAAGUUGAACUAAAUAGUUUAGAAGAAAAAGUAAAACAUCCAGGAGGAUCAAAUGAUGAUUCAAAAGUUUCAGUUUCUGUUGGUGGAAUGAAUCUUCCAGAUAUUUCAACAAGUGAAAAAAUUAAAAUGGGACAUCAAGCUCUUACUGCCAUUGAUAUGAUUGAAAGUAUUUUAAUCAGGGUCAAUGAAUGUCUAGAAAAUAAUCCAUUGAAAUUAAAAUCAAAUAAAGUUCAUGUAAAAGAUUGAUUGAAUAAAAAUUAAUUUUUAUCAUAAAAAUUUGUGUUUAG